UGUGUGCCCCAUUUACUGCGAAGCGGCGCAGAGGACGCGAGGCUCUAGAAAGGGUCUCAACGGAGUUUCAACUGCGGCAGAAAGAAAAGCAGUUUCACCGGCAAAGCCUUCUCCUCUCACAGGAAUCCAAGCCAGCACCAACGAAAAGCGAGCCCGUCAAAACCGAGAAGGAUAAAGCUACGUCAACAUCUAAGGGUUCAGCCAAAUCAAAGCCCAAGAAUGACCUGGCAGCUGCCUUCUCCAAGGCUCGAACUGGAGCUGCAAGUGCAUCAUCUAAAUCGACACCACCCGCAGAGAAGAAGGAUGCAAUCGACAGCAAAGUGACACCCAAGGGUGCGUCUUCCAGUGGCGAGGCAGCGAAGAGGAAGAGUGUCGACAAGAGCCCGAGUGAUAAAUCCACGCCCGAGAAGAAGCGAAUCAAGACAGAGGUGCCAGCAUCUCCGGAGGUCUCCUCCGCAACGAGAAAAAAGCCAUCACGGCGACACGUUAUCAGUGACUCGGAAGAUGAGGAUGAUGAACUGACGCAGUCAACGACACCAGCCAGUUCAGAAAAUUUCACUAGUGCUGCAUCCAGUGCCGUUACGAGUGAGGGUGACAAGCCUUCGGCAAAGUAUUCGUCAGACUCGGGUAGCCAAGGUGGUCAGAAGAAGCGCCGACGAGUGAUGAAGUCGGUCAAGAAGACUUUCAAGGAUGAGGAGGGAUUUCUGGUAACUAAGCUGGUGAAGGAACUUGUCAGCGAGUCUGAUGAUGAUGAAGAUCCUCUUCCCAAGAAUUUGAGAGAAAAGGCUGCUCCAGAGAAACCAGCUGGAAAAAAGAAGACAGCAGCGUCGACAGAUAAGAAGCAGCAGUCGUUGCUAUCAUUCUUUGGAAAGAAAUAGAUGACAAAGCGUUGAGAAGCGACUGGUGCCUAUAGUAGUGCGACGCUUCAGCACUAUGCCAGUUUGUAAGACUGUCAACAUUAUAGGCAUUAU